AUCAAUAAAUAUUUGAAAUGCCAUAUUUACAAAUAUUUUUAUUAAAAUUAUCUCUUUGUUCAUUAUAAUCCUUAAUAUCAUUACACAUCAAAUGUGGCAUUUCGGUAACUUAGGAAUAAUUAGACAGUGCAGCCUGAAAGCUGUUCCUCUUCAGUUGGUUAAGGCAACCGUAUCCAGUGACCAAAGAAUCAGUGCUGCAAAGGGGUUUUCCUGGAACCCUCCCAUUCCUAAAUUCGCGAUCGUUUUCUUAAGCAACGCUUUCGAGAAUAUUACCAAGCGAAACAGUAUUUUGACCACCAUGUACAACAGACACUAACGCUGGAUUAACAAGUCCAUUGCGACUUCAACUCUUACAUCACAACAUAGCCUUCCACAGACGCAGUAAUGCGUUAUCGGUUCCGUUUCAUCCGUUUUACGCAGUACCGCUGCCUUUUUUUGCUCAUCCUAUUAUUUAUAUUGAAGUGUUGCUUCGAUCUGCUGGGAGACAGUAAUACAUCGAGAGCUAAAAACUUAAAGUAUAAUGUCGUUAACGACACGAAGGCAGGAAUAGCUAUCGAGAGUUAUUACAAAUAUCCCUUGGAGAGUGGCUUCAAAGUCGCAAUGGAUUUCUUCUAUUACAACUCUUCAUAUCACUGGUUCAUGGCGAUGAAACCGCUGUUGAAAAAUAUUGACGUAACCCAAGAGUAUUCGGAAGAACAACUUUGCAACUUAUGGCCAUUGAGCAAAACUUUUGAGGUAGACCGCCAAGUGAACCUUGGUAUUUUCCUGCUCCAUAUUCAUAAAUACCUGAAAAAACAACUAUUGGAGUAUAGAAUUUUCGUCAUAGAACAAUUUGGGACGGAGAAGUUUAACAAAGGCACUUUAUACAACAUCGCGUACCUAGAGACUCAGCUGUUUGGUACCUGGGACUGCCUGAUCUUCCACGACGUGGAUCUGAUCCCUGAGGACGAGAGGAUCCCCUACACCUGCUCUAACCAUCCAAUACAUUUGGCUGCUUCUGUGGAAUCAUUUAAUUACAGUCUUCUGUACCCGACCAUCUUUGGUGGUGUCACUGCCCUCACUCCAGAACAAUAUAGAACAGUUAAUGGCUAUUCUAAUUUUUAUUGGGAUUGGGGCGGAGAAGAUGACGAUUUCUAUAACAGAAUAGAGGGUCAAAACAUGACCAUCAUUCGAUACAACUUGACGUACGGCCGCUAUGCUACGCUACCUCACAAACGCAAUGCAGAGGGUUCAGAAAGAGGCUUGCUUCUCAUGAUAUCCAAGAAGAGGGCUCAAAAAGAAGGUCUAAUAACAACGGUGUAUAGAUUAAUAAAAGUCGUCAAAGAAAAAUUGUAUACACACAUCCUAGCCGAUGUUAACCCAACAAAAAUGAAGCUAGAUAUAAAGACUUUGAUCCAGAAACUUCUAGAAUUAUACGGCGACAGUAUAGUUUUUGGUCUAGAAGAAUUUCGUCUCGGCUAUCCUUUAAAAACAAAAUUAACAGUGAAAAUGUUAAAAUUGAAAAAGAAAAGAUUCACUAAAUCUAUUUCACAUGGGUAAGGUACGAGGGUUUGGCUUUCAAAGUUAUUGGAGACGUGGUCAUGAUAAAAUCGUAUGAAAAUGUAACUAUAAUAUCAUUUUUAAACU